GGAUCUCUUGCUGUCUGUGGCACUUGGCCAGGUACUCUCCCUCCUUAUCUGUGGCAUUGGUCUCACGAGCAAGUAUUUGUCAGAAGAUUUCCAUGCCAACACACCUGUUUUUCAGAGCUUCCUCAAUUAUAUCCUUCUAUUCUUGGUCUACACAACAACGCUAGCUGUCAGACAAGGAGAAGAAAACUUGCUGGCAAUUUUGAAAAGGAGAUGGUGGAAGUACAUGAUCCUGGGGAUAAUAGAUAUAGAAGCCAAUUACCUGGUAGUCAAAGCUUAUCAAUACACCACUCUUACUAGUGUACAGCUCCUAGACUGUUUUGUCAUCCCAGUGGUGAUACUGCUCUCCUGGUUCUUCUUACUGGUACGAUACAAGGCAGUACAUUUCAUUGGGAUUGUGGUCUGCAUUCUGGGCAUGGGCUGCAUGGCAGGAGCAGAUGUCCUCGUUGGGAGACAGCAAGGAGCAGGUGAAAAUAAACUGAUAGGGGAUCUCUUAGUACUGGGCGGAGCAACGUUAUACGGCAUCUCGAACGUUUGUGAGGAGUAUAUUGUCCGAAAUCUGAGUCGAGUGGAAUUCCUGGGCAUGAUCGGACUCUUUGGCUCCUUCUUCAGUGGAAUUCAGCUUGCAAUCAUGGAACACAAAGAGCUGUUGAAAGUUCCCUGGGAUUGGCAAAUAGGCUUGUUGUAUGUUGGCUUUAGUGCCUGUAUGUUUGGCCUCUACAGCUUUAUGCCAGUGGUCAUAAAGAAAACCAGUGCUACUGCCGUCAACCUCUCCCUACUCACAGCUGACCUGUACAGCCUCUUCUGUGGAUUAUUCCUCUUCCACUACAAGUUUUCAGGACUUUACUUGUUGUCAUUCUUCACUAUCCUUGUUGGGCUGGUGCUCUACUCCUCCACGUCCACCUACGUAGCCCAGGAUCCUCGGGUGUACAAGCAGUUUCGAAACCCUUCAGGACCUGUUGUAGACCUGCCAGCCACCGGCCAGCUGGAGCCUUCGGUAACAUACACCAGCCUGGGGCAGGAGACAGAAGAGGAGCCUCACGUUAGAGUCGCUUAAACCCAGGGCUGUUGAUCACCUGCUGAUGAUUCAGUGGAGCUCGUAUAUCCAUUAUCUCUGUAUUGUACAUAGAGAAAGGUAUUUACCAGGUGCAGUUACACCGGUGAGCUGCAAGGUAGCAAAUAAGGAAAGCUCAUAAAGAUACAAACUACUCGUUCCAGGGUGUUCAUUGCAAGGAGAUGCCAGUCCCUCGUUUAUGAUACGAGCAGCAUGUUUGCAAUACAAACUGCUGUAUAUGAAUCAGUUAAUGUCAAACUACCUUCGAAAGAUAUUCAAUAUCUAAGCUGAAAUUACAAAAAGAAAUUCAUAGAAGGGUGUUAUUGCACCCAGUGAGUGAUAUUAUGCCUAAGCCACACCAGUUGUGGAAAAGCCACCUUUUUACAGCAAAUACACUUGUGCAGUCACUGUUAAUUUCUCUCUAAGAUUUGUUUGUUUGCACAAAAUAGAUGGGUUACUCGUGGUAGCAACACCCUGACACAUUUUUGCUAGCACCUUGGAUUUCGUGAGGGUAAGACAAUGAAUUCAUCUGUGCUAUCUGUCUAGUUGCCCUUUCUAGGUAAUCUGUUCCAUGAAUCCAGAGAAGGGACAACUUACAAUAUCCGUCUCUAUUCUAGGAAUAGGUAUAAGGCGAGCAUUUUAGCCUUUCUAUAUUUGCAGCAGUGAAGUACUCAAGCAUUGACCUCUCUAUGAUCCAUGGCAGAUUUCCUAGCGGCUGAGGUUCUGCAUCAGGUGACAGGGAGUUAGUUUCUCUGUAGUCGUGACUUAACACAGAUUUCUUACUUUUUAAAUUUUAAUCUGUAAAAAGAAAAACGCAUUUUCUAGUUUCCUAUGUAUUGUACCUCUCCAUGGUAAGAUGACAUGUCGUGUGGAUCAGGGCACUUAUUUUAGAUACUCAGUGCAUCGAGGGCGCCUUCUGCUGUUCCAGUUUGCUUAGUCUCCUGUGGUUCAUUAUGCUAACAAUAGCUAUUUAGAAAUGUGUCAGUUUUUCCCCCAAACCCACAAAUUGUAAAAAUCAGGAAGAUUAAGUGAGGAAUUCAUGAGCAGAAAGACUGGACCAUCUGCUGGUGUUGCUGCAGUAGCAUAAAGGCAUUCAUAUCAGCAGGGUGCAGGCAAUUAUUUUUCAUUAACUACAAAACUAGCAGAAGAAUUCAGCAGUUUUCUUACAUUCCUGGGGACAUGUGAAAAUAGUAAGAGUGUGUUCCACAACUGUACUUCUGCUCCAGGAGCCUUAUCAGAACAGGGGAAAUCUUAGUCACCACCAUGAAAAAUCCAUCUCUGCCUGUAUGUUUGCUCUUCUGAGAGCCCAAUAAGAGGAAAUCAUUAUUUCAACAUCCAUCAUCUAUUUUUAAUUUAAGGAAGGAGAGAUGAUCUUAUGUCUGACAGGUAGGAGAGGGAUCCAGGAGAGCUUGGUUUUAUUCACGGAUCUGCCACAUCUCUGCGUGAUCCUUGAGCAUGACUUAACCUUCUGUGUGGCUGAGUUUCCCAGUCUGUAUAUAUGGGAACAAUGAUAUUUUACCUACCUCACAGGGGUGCUAUGGGACCAAGUUAGUUUAAAAUGCUUCAGGCUUCCUUCUUCAGAAGGAAGGAGUUUACGAAGUACACAACAGUGCUGUAAAAGUGUGAAUACAUUCGUUGUAUUUGAAAAUGGAGUUUAUGGCAGGGUUGAUGAAUAUUUUGCUUGUGGGCAUAGAAGAUGAAUUUGAUUUGAAUGUUAUUCUGCUGAAGAAGUCUGUCACAAGCAAAAAUGUAGGGCUUCAUGUUUGAAAAAUACAACUUACCUAUUUCUAUUUUUAAAAGAAAAAAAAAAUCAAUCUGUACUCUGGAGAUUAGAAAGGCCACACAGUUCAACCAAGCAGGAUGAAUUUCUGCUGAAGUAACAUUCAUCUUUUAUAGUCCUGUUCUGCUUUAAUAUAGAAGGGACUUCCCUGAAGCAGACUGGGAGAAGUAUGUACGCAUAAUAUACAUGAAGUGGCAAAUGCCAAAACGCUAUUGAACAGCAGAAGUAUGUUGUAUCUUAUUCUUGCCGUGGAUGAGGAGAAGAGGCGAUUUCUGUUCCACCGUGUUUAGGCUGUCUGCCACGAUCCUGCUGCAGCUGAGGGAAGGGUCUGCAGUAUUGCCAAACCAUGCCCAAAACCAGCCCAAAAACCUUGGUUAAAAUGGCUUGGUUUUAAACUCAUAACAAAUGUAUGAUUU